AUGCCAAACAACAACCUCCGCCUUAGAUAUGCAUUGUUUCUCGGCGCUGCUGCGGCAGUCUCCGCAAUUCCACUUGACCGCCGGGAGGCAGAGGAGAACUCGGAUUCUCUGAAUCAGACAAUUGAAGAUGCGGUGCAUCUGGAUAAGGAUAUCAAAGCUGAGAAGGACGAAGUUGAUAGCGAUGACGAUGCUAGUGAUGAUGAGGAUGACGAUGAUUCCUCACAAAACGACUCCCGAAACCGCCCGCCCAUCAGCUCCACCAUCUCCGCCUCUCUCCCAACCGCAACCGCAACCGCAACCACCACCGCCUUAGCCGACACUCUCCCAUCUACUACAAGUACAGCCACCCCCACCGCCCUCCCCAACAUCCUCCCCUCUCCCGCCAACACCCACAACCGCAACGCCGCCAUCGCCGGCGGCACCAUCGGCGGAAUCCUCGUCCUCGCCCUCAUCGCCUUCCUCCUCUACCGCGUGCGCAAAGCCCGCCCCGCCCCCGUCACCUACAACGACGAGAAGCACCCCUACCCCUACCCCGCCGCCCCGCCCAGCACCCUCUUCGGCGGCGGCAGCAGCCAACGCACCGGGGCCGCCUCCCCCCCACCACUCGUCUUCAUCAACCCGCCCACGCACAACGUCGACCCGGGCACCUUCUACCGCCCCGAAACCGCAAACCCCGCCGAGCCCCUCCCGCCCGUCUACGAGGAGAUGCGGUCCCCUGGCAUGGAGUCGUCAAUUAGCCAGACGGAGCCGUACCCGGAGAAGGCCGCUGCGAGGAAGAUGUAUGCGUCGUUCGGCCCGCCGCCGGAGCCGCCGGUCCCGCAGGUGUCGAGGUUCUCGUGGACUACGAAGAGGAGCAGCGUCGAUAGCGAGGAGCCGAAGUUUAGGACUGUCAACAGCUGGGUCUCGAAUCAGGCCAGCAGGGACGGCGUGAAGGAGAAGCUGGCGCAGAUGGGGUUGAAGGGCGAGGUGCCGGCUACGCCGGUCGAGUUUAGGUUCCACCCUGGGGCGCCGGUGCAGUUUGGGGUUGGCCAUGGCAGGAUGGAGAGUGCGGACUUGGAUAGGCAGUUGCAGAUGAACUUGAGGAGGCAGUCCUAA